UCCAUCUUUUGCUAAAAAAAAAAUGACGAAUUCUUACUACACGCUUAUUCCUAAAGAAGAAAUGACAAAUUUUAUAAGAUUGAAUAAAAAAAUGAAUUAUUUUAUAGUGAAGGAAUUGCUAUGCUUAGUCCCAAAAGAACCAGAUUCCGUAAACACCAUCGAGGAAGAAUGAAAGGAAAAGCCUAUCGAGGUAAUAAAAUUUGCUUCGGAAAAUAUGCUCUUCAGGCACUUGAGCCCGCUUGGAUCACAUCUAGACAAAUAGAAGCAGGGCGACGGGCAAUGUCACGAAAUGUUCGCCGGGGUGGAAAAAUAUGGGUACGUAUAUUUCCAGACAAACUUGUUACAGUAAGACCUACAGAAACGCGUAUGGGUUCGGGAAAAGGAUCUCCCGAAUAUUGGGUAGCUGUCGUUAAACCCGGCAAAAUACUUUAUGAAAUGGGAGGGGUCCCUGAAAAUAUAGCUAGAAAGGCUAUUUCAAUAGCGGCAUCCAAAAUGCCUAUACGAACUCAAUUCAUUCUUUCUGAAUAAUCAUUUAGAACGAAAGAGAUCUUUAGUAUGAAAAAAGUGGCAAUUGUAGGUUUCUUUUUUUUUUUGAACACAGAAUAUUUUUUUUAUUUCAACUUUUUGACUGAAAGAUAAAAAAAAAAAUGAUAUGAUUCAACCUCA